AUGGACACCCUCGACGAGAAGGCGAAUGGAGGACCACCGAUGGAGGUUGAGGAGAUCGUGUCUGUCAAUGAUCAUGAGGCGUUCGCGCAUAAGCAUAUGCCAGACCUCGGGCACGACAUCAAAGAGUUCAAGGUGUUCUCUUGGAAGAUUACGAAUUGGAAGAAGCUAGAAAAGAAGAUCACCGGCCCAGACUUUGAAUGUGGAGGGCACAAAUGGCGCAUACUCCUCUUCCCUUUCGGCAACUCCAACGCACCACCAAAUGACACUGUGUCGGUCUAUCUCGACUACGCCGAACCCAAACGUGCUCCGGAGGGAUGGCAUGCCUGUGCACAAUUCGCUCUGGUUAUCUCCAACCCACUCGACCCCACCAUCUACACCGUUAGCCAUGCCCACCACCGUUUCAUUGCCGAGGAGUGCGACUGGGGAUUCACGCGAUUCAGCGAGUUGCGCAAGCUCUUCACUGUGCAAGAUGGGCAUACCCGGCCUACUAUUGAAGAAGAAACAGCGGAAGUAAGCGUGUUCGUCCGUGUUUUGGAAGAUCCGACUGGCGUGCUCUGGCACAACUUCGUCAACUAUGACUCGAAGAAGGAGACUGGCUUCGUAGGGUUGAAGAAUCAAGGAGCGACGUGUUAUAUGAACUCCUUGUUGCAGUCCUUUUUCUGCACACCCUCGUUCCGAAAGGCUGUCUACCAGAUUCCCACGGAAGACGACCACCCAACAGAAAGCGUUCCAUUGGCGUUGCAGCGGGUAUUCUACCAUCUGCAAACAUCCGAUCAGCCAGUCGGGACUACCGAGCUCACUAAAUCGUUUGGAUGGAAGUCACUAGACUCAUUCUUGCAGCACGAUGUACAAGAGUUCAAUCGUGUGCUUCAAGACAAGCUGGAGAUGAAGAUGAAGGGCACGAAAGCGGAGGGAGCCAUCCAGAAGCUCUUCGUCGGCAAGAUGAAGAGUUACAUCAAGUGUGUGAAUGUCGACUUCGAGUCGUCGCGCAUUGAGGAGUUCAACGAUAUCCAACUGAACGUCAAGGGCAUGAAGAACUUGUACGAGUCAUUCAAAGACUACGUGGCCGUUGAGACUUUGGAUGGCGAGAACAAGUACAUGGCCGAAGGAUAUGGCCUGCAAGAAGCAAGGAAGGGUAUCGUCUUCCAAUCAUUCCCGCCAGUGCUCCAUCUACAGCUCAAACGUUUCGAGUACGACAUUCAACGUGAUGCUAUGGUUAAGAUCAACGAUCGCCACGAAUUUCCAUUCGAGAUUGAUCUUGGAGAAUUCCUCGACGAGACUGCUGACCGGUCACACCCUUGGGUGUACAAGCUCCAUGGUGUAUUGGUUCACUCCGGCGACCUUCAUGGUGGCCACUACUUCGCCCUGAUCAAGCCCGAUCGGCAAACAAGGUGGCUCAAGUUCGACGAUGAUCGUGUCACGCCGGUGACUGAUCGAGAAGUACUCGAAGAGAACUACGGAGGGGAAGCCUUGAAUGGCCUGGUCCCGCCUAUGCAGCGCAACCAGGUUCGCUCUGUGAAGCGUUUCACGAACGCUUACAUGCUUGUGUACGUGCGUGAGAGCGCCAUCGAUGAAGUUCUGGCUCCAUGGAAGGAUGAGGAUACGCCCGCACACUUGAAACGCCGGCUAGAGGAGGAACGCUUGCAAAUGGAAGCGAAGAAGCGCGAGCGCGAGGAACAGCACCUGUAUCUCACUGCCAAGGUUAUCACCGAUCAGACAUUCUCCGACCACGAAGGCUUUGACCUGGCGACCUUCGAUGAACGGAAUUGGCCUGCUACUGAGUUACCUACGUUCCGCGUACUCAAGAACGAGCCUUACAGCACAUUCAAGGCACGUGUGGCGCAACACUUCAACUACCCGGAGAGUCAAGUCCGACUAUGGGUCUUGGUUAACCGGCAGAACAAGACUGUUCGACCUGACACUCAUAUUCCGGAGAAUGAACCUCAGCUCACUGUUGAGGUGAUUCGCAACAACAUGGCCGUCCGCCAGCAGAAUGAUCUCCGCCUGUACUUGGAUGUCAUUUCUGAUCCUGUGCACCCCGAGCUCCCGGCAGGAUCUAUCAUGAUCUUCCUCAAGCACUUCGACAUCGCAAACCAGAGACUCACUGGUGUUGGCAAGAUUUACGUCCCCCGAGCCAAUAAAGUGUCCGACCUCAUUCCUCUUAUCAACGAGCGCAUGCGAUGGACGCCUGGAACACCUCUGAAGCUCUAUGAGGAAAUCAAGCCUGGCAUGAUCGAGCUCAUGAAGCCCAAGCUCACCUUCACGCAGAGCGAGAUCCAGGAUGGCGACAUCAUCUGCUUCCAGGUCGACAUGACGGAGAAAGAGCUGCACGACUAUGAGGCACAAGGGCUGUACCCGAACCCAGUUCAGUACUACGACUUCCUGCAGAACCGCGUCAUGGUGCUGUUUAGGCCGAAGUUCGAGGAAACGGACGCGGAGCAUCCCGAGUUCCACCUGACUCUCAGCAAGAAGCAGAACUACGACACCAUGUCUGCGAAGGUAGGAGAGCGACUAGGUUGGGACCCGAUCAAGUUGCGCUUCACGACAACGCACUCCUCCAACGGCUCGGCCAAGUCGGUUCUCAAGCGUUCUCUGAACCAGAGCAUACAGGAGAUCAUGCAGCCGAACUACGUCAACCCGCAAACGACUGUAAUUUUGUACGAGAAACUGGAGGUCUCCAUCGUCGAGCUCGAGACAAAGCGCUCUCUCAAGGUCGUGUGGACUGGCAUCCACAAUAAGGAGGAGUCGACACACAACUUCUUGCUUCCGAAGACAAGCGUGGUGCACGACCUUGCUGCGGAUCUUUCGAAGCAAGUCAAGCUCUCGCCUGGCGGGACAGGCAAGAUCCGUGUCUUCGAGGUCUCCAAGGACGGCAAGACGCAGAAGGAGUUUACCAGCUCGGAGAUGAUCGGCAACAUCCCGGACCCUGUUGAGCUCUAUGCUGAGGAAAUCCCUCGCGAAGAGCUCGAGGCGGAGGAAGCAGACAAGGUCAUCAGCGUGUUCCACUUCUCCAAAGAGGUGUCUCGAACGCACGGUGUGCCUUUCCGCUUCGUCGUGAAGCCGAACGAGAAGUUCUCCGAGACGAAGAAGCGUCUUCAGGUACGAAUAGGCGCACCGGACAAGGACUUCGCCAAGUAUCGCUUCGCCUUGAUCCAAGUCGCGACCUUCAAGCAGCCGUCAUACAUCGAAGAUGAUGACAACAUCUACGACCAUAAGUUUGCUCCAGAAGACGUCCUUGGUUUGGAUCACGUAGACAAGUCCGGCAAGACGCGCACGGGAGCAGGAGAGAAGGCUAUCGUGAUUCGCGGUUGA